AUGUUAACAGCUGUCUUUGGAAAUAAAAUACCUUUUAUUAUCAAUAAAAUAGCACCAACGCAAAAGGAUUAUACAGGUGUAAAAAUUAUGAAAAAACAUGUUAUUAGUAAUAGAGUUUCUACAAUUGAAGAUAUAUUAAGUUUAAAUUUUUGCUAUAAGGGGAAGUUAGUUAAAAGUAUAGAUAUUGACAAGCAUCUUGAUAAGAAGUUCAAAAUUAAUGACUGGAAAGCACCUAUAUGCUUUUAUUUAGACGAUACUCCACAAAAUAGUUAUUCUUUGCGAGAUAAUACAACACACCUGGUAAGUCAUAUAAAAACAUAUCUUACCAAAAAUAAAUAUUACAAGUUCCUAUUUAAACCAAAAAACAUACUAAACGAGACAUUAAAAUCAAAAAGUUUAAAAAAUAUUGAUAAAUUCCAUUGUUUCAAAGUGGCAAGGCGAAAAAAAUAUAGCUAUAGAGACUUAAAUAUAUUUUUCCCACAGCAAUGGGUUGGUGGUUUAUUUUAUUGUAAACAGGACACGGCUUUAAAAAAACUCGUAUUGAACAAUUAUUUAGAUGAUAACUUGGAAAUGCUCAGCAUAAAUAAUCAUGAUAAUAGUGGGACAGAAAAAGACACUGACAGUGGGAAUGAUUAUAAAAUCAUGUGUAAUAUCUCAAUUGCCAAACCGGUAUUGCCGCUCAUUGCAGACAAUUUUAGAAGAUACUGGACUGAAUAUGAUGGGUUAAAAAAAAACUCAAAGCAUUUUAUUGAUUUCAAAUAUGUAAAGAUAAUCCCAUACCUUUUGACACCUUCGAUUGAUCCAGAUACAUUAAAUUUUAUACCUGAGAAGAAUGAUAAUGGUAGCGACGAUGAUCUUUCGUCAAAAUUUAAUAGUCUCAUUGCAAAUACACCUAUGGAUUAUGAUAUGUCACCAUUUAGAAAAUUGAAAAUUGUAGAUUUAUUGUUCAACAACAAAAAUUCAACCGCUUCCAAAAAUAACAAUACUAAUACAAAAGUUUUAUAUCCCAAAAAAAGAGAUGAAUUAUGGUUUAAUGAGAUAAAUGUUGAAGAGGAGUAUGAUUAUGAUGCAUUAGAAUUGAGUAAGUUUGAUCAAUUAAUUCAAUACACUUUAACUGCUUUGAAUAAUAUUUCUAAAUCUGAAAAAUUCAAAGAAAAGUACUUUCCAUGGAAUAUAAAUAUAGAUUUUAAUAAAUUCUUAAAUAAUGAUAAAAUUGGUUUGAACAAUAACAACAAUGGUUCCAAAUCUUUGGAUAACAUUAAACAUAAAAUUAUUUCAAAUCCAAAAGCCCAUUUAAGUAGCACUAUAUAUGAAGGCAAAAAAUCUUUAGUGAAAUUGGGCACGAAAUUCUGGAACCAAUAUAGCAGUAUGGAAGAUAGGAUUGUUACCUUGAUAUUGUCUAAAUUAUUUAUUAGCGAAUUAAAUAAUUUGCAAAAUAAGUGGGGGUCAUUGAAUAUAACAAAAGAAUAUUUUAAGUAUUAA